CCGAACCAGCUGCCUUCAGUGUGAAUGUGGAUUUACCCAAACCUGGAUCUGGGUCCGGCUCCGGGGCAAUGUGACUUUGUGUUGUGGGCACAUCGCGCAGGAUAAUCGCGUACCGGUCGUGUGGUUUUUGUGUGUCUGUAGUAUUUAUGUGACGCCAGAGGACUUUUGCAGAGAUGGGCUGCUGCAGCUGGACACUUUUCACUCUCUUUCUAAACUUUCCUUUCACUUGCGGAUCUCCUUCCUCCUAUGAUCUGUUCCAAGGGUCUGCGCACACUGGGCCGCUGCACAACCACAGAAACAGAAACUGGUGCGCCUAUGUGGUGCACAGGAACGUGAGCUGUGCUGUACAGGGGAGCGUGGAGACCUUCCAGGAGCCCGUGGUGGCCCCCUGCCCGGCGUACCAGCCCGACUGUCAGCAACAAGUCACAUACCAAACUCGGAUCCUGCCAACAUACAAGAUUGGAUUUAAGACUGUCACAGAGCUGGAGUGGAGAUGCUGUCCUGGUUAUCAGGGUUCAGACUGCAGAGAUUUAAAACCACCUCCCAACCGACAAACUGUUCAGGGAACACAGCCUUACAUCCGUCCAAAUCCUGAGUAUACGAUCAGACAUCCUCAGAGGCCGGAGCGGAGAGAGACAGGGCACCAGGAAACAAGGUAUGGUGGGACGGAUAAGGUACGUCUCCUAGAAGGUGAAGUCCAACGCCUUUCACAGACUGUCUUAGACCUGCAGUCAGCCUUGACAGUGCUGACUACCAACCUCCGUGCUGAUCUGCAAGAAGACACAAAGAAGCUGUUGGUGACUUUUUUCAGUAACUUGCAGCCUCCAGACAAUGUCUUCACAGUGAAUUCAGAGGAGAGUCCAGCAGUACUGGAUGGCCAUCAGGCUACCAGAGGUGGCAGUGCUGGAGACAGAAGUUUAGAAAAGAUACUGACUCGGUUGGAUGAUAUCAACAGUGCUCUUAAGAGCAAGGAUGAAGCGUUGGAAGACCUAAGAGAAACUGUGUCAAGUCAUGAGGGACAGAUCCGUGUCCUAAUGGAUUCUUCACAAUCUCAGCCUCCAGCAGCGGUUGAAGAUGGCAACUCACCUGACCUUGACAUCAUGCAGACGUAUAUUGACAAAAAAUUUGAGAAGCUGAAGAAGGAACUAGACCAGAAUGUGGAGGAUCAGAUGAACAAGCUACAGAAAUCAUUCAAUGACAGGAUCCAGACUUUGCAGAAGACUUGUGAAGAUGACUGUGACCAAGGCCUGGUCAGUCUGACCAAGCUGGUGGACACCAAGGAAGAAGACUUGAGAAAGGAGAUCCGGACACUGCGUCUGGACAUGGCAGCUGCAGAUGGACCUAUACGGACUCAAAGGCAGAUAGAUCCAUCCAAAGGGGGUGAUGAGCACAGUGACCAAAACGAUGUGUGGCGUGAGAUUGACCGCAUCGCAGAAGCUCACCGCAUCCUUAAUGUGCGCAUUGACAAUGAGCUGGCUCACAUAGCCGCACCGCAUGUAGAUAGUGAGUUCAGCCCGCUUAUUGAGGAGCUGGAGGCACGCAUGAAUGUCACCGAACAAAAUGCAGAGACUCAUUGUUUCUAUAUUGAAGAGAAGCUGACCCAUAUGAUUUUAGAAGAAGUUGCUGCACUUAAGCAGCUUCUGAGCGAUCGCAUGAACAAUAUGGAGGACCAGUUCACCAACAUGUUGGUGGAAAUCAGCAACACCUCAUUCCCUGGCAUGGUUGGUGAUUCCAUGGAUGUCAUUCAGGCAGAAGUCAAUAAUAACAAGUUCCUCCUGCAAGGUUUAGACGAGAAGGUCAAUGUCGUCGAAGAGUUAUGCUCUGCCAGAUGUGCAGGCUCAGGAGGCAGUGUAGAUCCACAAAGCUCCUCUCCCUCUGAAAAUGGUCUAGAAUACAUUUUAAAAGAUCUACGUAGAUAUAGGAAUGACUUGGAUGUUCUUCACACAAACGUCAGUGGCAAUACAGAGAAGCUUAGGGAACUGAAGAACUUUGUCCAAAGACAGUCAGUUGGACAGGAGAGACGUGCAAGGACAAUGGACGACUUCCAGAAGGGAUUGAUUAAUCUCCAAGAUAACGUGCUCGGUCUGGCUGGUGCCGUUAAUGGAUUAAGUGACUCUUUGAGCAAGUACAGCCAGGAUAUGGAGAGAAUGAACUCAACCUGUUGUCCGGCAGAGCAGAGUGGCAGUAGGAGUCCAGUAUGGAACAGUAGGGCAUCAGUUAUCACAGUACCCAGGGGCUGGCUAGAUGCCACCAACCAUCGGGUGGAGGAUCUCUACAACAGACUUGUUACGCUCACUAACCAGGUAUCAUCUGAACUGCAUCAGUGCAGAGAGAACACACAGGGUGUUACUGAUGGCAUUUCAUCCGUGAAUGGACGUGUGAGCAAACUGGAAAAGGUGUGCGGUAGGUUAGACGGGGUUUCCACAAAUAUCAAAGAAGUCAAAGACGGAAUAGAGAGGCAUGUUGCCAGCCUGCUGGACUGUAUUCACAGAAUGAAUGCCACGUGCAUUAAUCAUACCGCGGACAUCCUCCAGCUGCAGAAUUCCUUGCACAGGUUCCAAACACAGCUGUCUGAGGUGGCCAAGCAUGUUCUCAAAGAUGGCGCUCCCAACGAACCAGGAAUGGCCUUAAGACCAGAGAGGCCUGGUUCUAUUCCGGAAUCGACUCAGAUGAGACCCAGAAUAACUCAUAUCCCUCAAAUCCACAUCCCCCUCAUCAUUCCACAGCUGCCCUCCAACCCCAGACAACACACCACACACCAUCACCCCUCCAGCCCUCAGCAGCCGCUACUGCCCCAAAGGCCAGUGGUGGAGACCGGCGAGGCGGGACCACCAGGCUACGUGCGUAAGGUGACAGUACGGAGGGGCUCAGAGGACCCUUCUUCCACAACCGUCAAAGGGUUUGCUGGAGCACCAGGCUAUCCUCCUGUGCAGCCCGUGUCUUUCAAGCCUCGAUCAGCCAACCAUCACGCUCCUGUAGCAGCAAAGGUACCAUGGAACCUGAUGCAUCAAACUCCAGUCGAACCACCAGUUUCAGUAGACCACAGCGCCUUUGCAGAUCCCUUCUCCUUCUCUGCCGGAUUCACCCAGCAGCCAUUCUCUGGAGACUUUGGCAUCAUCCGCUUCAACAGAGUUCUGGUUAAUGAUGGUGGACACUACAAUCCCCACACAGGGAUCUUUACUGUCCCACUGGAUGGUAGAUUCCUUCUUUCAGGACUGUUGACAGCAAAGCCAGGUGAACAUGUCGAGGCAGUCCUCUCCGUUUCCAACCGCAGCGUCCAGAGGCUGCAGAGCUCAGGCGGGAAUGGGGCCGCUCAGCUUGGUGGUUCGGCUCCGGGGAGCUGCGGCUGCGGAGGUUCUGUGUCUUUCAGUGUGAUCUUGCCCCUGAGGAAAGGAGACCGCGUUGGUCUGGUGAGGACCGGAGGACAGCUAGCCACAGCGGACGCGAGGGAGGUUCUCUCGACCUUCAGCGCCAUUUUCCUUUACACGCCGCAAGCCUUUAAAAGAUAGCUGGUGAUUAGCUGGACAGUACUGACAAGAGCAAGUGUAUUCCCAGCUGAAGAUUUGUCUUUAUGCAGUAAUUUUACCUGCUGUGUCAUUUUGAAGACUUAAAGGACAAUUCUUUUUUUUAAACAACUGUGGUCAUCUUAAACUGUUGUUGGCAAUCAAACCUUUGAGUGCUUCACUCACCUUGGACAACUGCUUUAUGAAGCAUUGAAUGACUUAUUGAGGCAGCUGUAUCAGGAGGUACAAGUCCACCAUAUGCUCAGAAUAGCAUCGAAAUAACAGCAGUGUACUUGUUAAAUCACUGGUAUUUUAAUGGUACAUCAUCUGAGGCAGCUCAGUGUAUUUGUUUUCCUAAGGGGCUGAUUUGUAGCAACCUUCACCACUUAACAUUGGCUCUAGUUAGGCUUUGUUCAGAUUACCAGUUCAAAUCAGAGUUAUUGCUUUAUCUGAGUUCACUGAAUGUGUGUGUAUAUGUAUCUCAAGUGACCAGAUCCGAUCUGUGUGUUAGUGCACCAAUCCUCAUUUUGCAGUCUUAUACACAUUGGUUGCUAUAGUAAUGAAAUGGCACCCAGCAGGGCAUUGGAGCAGAAUGAGAGCAACCAUGGAGCAGCAUAAAAAACAAAAACUAGAGCAUCACCUUAACAAGAGCAAUUUUAUUGAAGCAGGAUGAAAAAGUGACCUGAGUGGGGUGCAACAGAUGGAGGUGGAAAAGCUCUAGGAAUUUGCAUUACUGGAGUUGCACUUCUCCAGAAGGUUUCCUUUAGGAUUCAGUCUGUUACCUGCUGCUUAGCAACCAAAGCAGCCUGUCUUCACACCCAAAAUGUUGACCACUGACAGCAUACUACCUUUAAAGUACUCUUUGGACACAAAUGAUGGGAUGGAUGUGGCAAAGCUAGGUAUGAGCACAUGCUCCGAGACCUGACAAACUACAGUGUGUUAGAAACUGGCUAAAUAAGGCUUCAUGAAAGACUUGACAUUUUUCUGAGUCCAUUAUUCUUUUCAAAUAAAGGCCCCACACCCAGUGCAUUUCAAUUUGCAUUGAACAUUUUGUAAAGAACUGCCAUCUAGUGGACUCAGGAAAAACAGCAUACACUUCAUGAAGGCUUUUUUGGACAUCACUGCGAGUAAAUGCACUAUGCAAUUUUAAGAUUCUGAAAAACAGAGUGAGCUCAUUUAGUGUCCCAAAAAUAUUUGUGCAUUUAUGUUUCAGCAGUAAAUUUUAAAAUAAGAUUUCUUCCAUACAAUGCUAUUGCCAAAGGUCAGUGGAGCAAAUGUAGACUGGAUUGCCAACAAUCUGAGUAAGGUUGCAUAAAAAAGUGAAUUUGUCCAUAGCAGGUUUUGAAAGUGUAAAUUCAAGUUAAUGUAGCAAAUCAAUGCAAUGAGUUUGUGGGCACAGUUUUCUACAAUUAUACAUCAUCUUUUGUUAAUUAUUUGCCAAAGAUACAUGAAUGCAAGAAGCAGUAUUUCCAAUAUAAUUAUCAUUUUACCUUUUUGUAUCUAGUGUGAAUGUUUUAAGAUGUUGAUAAAUUAACAAAAUUAAUUUUAUUUUUUAAAAACAACUAUCAGUGGAAUAUUGCUGAAUAGGAAAUAAAACAUGAAAGAUUAAAUCAUAUUUGUGUCUUAAUGACACCAGACACGAUGGAUGACUAAAGAAGCCACAUAUCAAAGUGUGCAGCAAAACGCCAAGCCAACUUUAGACAAUGAAUGGGUAAUGAAUGCCCAGUUUAAGCCACUCCAUGAAAAAGGUGUUAACACCCCAAAAAAUUCACCUCUAGUUCAUUAGUGAACUAUACAAAACUGAUAAGAACCACAGAGUAUAUAGUCAGAUCCAUAAGUAUUUGGACAGUGAAUUUCUAGCGCUUUUUUUUUUUUUGCCAUUGAGUUGAAAUAUGUACAUGUAAUGUAAACCAUUAACUUUAAUUCCUUUGUAUUAACCAUUUAGGAAUUACAACCUUUUGUUUACAUAAUGCCUCCAUCUUCAUAAAUCAUUGGGCAUAAGAAAUAACUAAUGCAAGUACCUUUUACAGCCAGUUUAGGGGAUGGGUACAUUAAUGUUUCAGAGUCACUGAAUAAGUUUUUGACUUCAGGUACAUCAUUUAGGGAAUAACCCUGUGUUUAAUGCUUUGCAGACAUUCAUGCUCUUAUACGGUUGUAAAUAUACGUUUCACCGGCUACACGUUAGCGGAGCCG